AUCUUUCUUGCUGGGCCAUGGAAGUAGCUCCGUGGGCUGAUUAAGGCCGACAACAUGUGAUGUGAGUGAGCUCCUAAAUGGACCAACCGGUUUGAGUUCUAUAGCAUGUUUAAUCAUUUGGUUUCACAGAUGCAAUUUUCCGGCUCUUCAAUCGGCUCCUCGCACAUGAUUCGACUCCUCUGGAUUGAUUGAACACCAAUGUUUUUGUGAUGAGAAUAUGUGGUAUAGGAUUAAGAGUUGCCUUCUGCUUAAACACUAAGCAUGGGGAAAUGUCGCGUCCUCUUCUCAUGUCCUUCCUCUUCCCUUCUCUGGUUUUCUAACUCAUCGGGAAAAGAAGACAAUUUAAUCAUCCACCUAACCCCACCCCCCCUCUCCGUAGACACCUCUAUAUAAUGAAGAACACACAUUCUCCUCUUUUCACCUGCAACAGAUCAUCAGAUACAACCUCGGACAAUUGUUCCUCUGGCAAAUUGAGAAUGGUAUUCUUCAAAGGUUGUGCACUGGCCUUGGUUCUCUUAUCACUCCUCGCCAUCGGUCCUGCCCAAGGUGACCAUAUGCUGGGAAGUAAUUCUUGCCCGGUGAUCGAGUUGAAUUCCGUCAAGGACAACGCGCCGAGUCCACCUCCUCCCAAGAUAGACUGUGAUGCGGCAUGCUCAGCUCGGUGCAGGCUAUCGUCACGACCUCAUCUCUGCAAGAGGGCAUGUGGGACGUGCUGUGAGCGCUGUGAUUGCGUUCCUCCUGGAACUUCAGGGAACUAUGAUGUCUGCCCUUGCUAUGCCAAUAUGACCACCCAUGGUGGCCGCCACAAAUGCCCCUAGGCAAGGCUGCAGACUGUACGGUUUUAUCAUAUGGGCGAUGAGAGUUUAUUGGUCAUGGCGUGCAUAAAUUACACCAAAUAGUAUGCAUAUACACACACUCGUGUACGAAGUAUCAUUAUACAUCUGCAUUUAUGAUAUGAUCCCAAUUCGAAAUA